AUGGAAUCGUCAUAUCAGAUGGAUAUGUUACGUGGACGAUGUCAAGAACUUCCAGAAGUACGGUCAAAAGUCGUACGUGUCUUUGUUAGUUCAACAUUUUCAGGUAGAGAAUAUUACACACUUAGCGAACGAGAUUCAUUAAUUGAUAGUGUCUUUUCAAAAUUAAAAGAUUAUUGUCGUGAAAAAUAUGGUCUUGAAUUUCAAUAUUCGGAUAUGCGAUGGGGCAUUGAAAAUGAAUCAGCCGAUAAUCAUAGUGAAGUUGAAACUUGUCUUAAUGAAAUAAAAUUAUGUCAGAAAUAUUCAGUGGCUACUAAUUUUGUGGUUCUAUUAAGCCAUCGUUAUGGUUCACGACCAACACCAGCUACUAUUCAUGCAUCACUUUUUGAACAACUACAACGAAUCAUUCUUUUCGAUUUGAAUUUAACCGAAGAUGCUGAACUACUUUCUCAAUGGUAUCAACUAGAUACGAAUUGUAUACCAUCUGCUUAUAUUCUUCGUCCAAUUUCGUCAAUGUUACCAAAUAUAAAAUCAACAGAAUUAAAUGAAAUGAAAAAAGCUGCAAAAGAAUGGACAAAAAUAAAUAAUCGUAUUCGAACAUGUUUGCGACAAGCAGCAGCCAAAUGUUUCGAACAAGGUCAAAUCAAUGCAAAUGAAUAUGAUGAUUUUUUUAUAUCAGUUACUGAAAAGGAAAUAAUCAAUGGAAUUCUAUCAGUACCCAAUGCUAAUGAACGUACUUUAUGUUUUCUACGUGAAAUUGAUGAUAUUUAUGAUCAUUUAUUAGAUAGUAAAGCAUCGAGAUUUAUUGAUUUAAAUUAUUCUGAUGAUGGAAAACCUAUUAUUGAUUAUGAAGCUGAACAAUUACUCAAUCGUUUGAAAUCUACACGUAUUCCAAAUGUAUUACAAUCUAAUAAUAUAUAUUCAUAUAAAGUACAUUGGAAACAAAAUGGUAUUAAUCGACAUGAUCAUGCUGAAUAUAUAUCGAAAUUUAAUGAUGAUUUCUACGAUGCAAUAAAACAACAAAUAGAUAAUUGUGUUAAAUCACGUAUUAUGAUUAUUUCUGGUCCAUUACAACAUGAAAUAUUAGAACAUGCUAUACAAUGUAAAACAUAUGUAGCUAAAUUUCAUGGUCGAGCUGAUGUUCUAGAUAAAUUAGAAAAAUAUAUUAAAAAUGAAAAGGAAAAUCGACCAUGUAUUGUAUAUGGAGCAUCUGGUUGUGGCAAAACAAGUGUACUUGCUAAGGCUGCAACUGAAGCAUUGAAUUGGUGGUCUGAUCGAGCUGUAUCAGUUAUUUUACGCUUUCUUGGUACAACACCGACUUCAUCUACCGUCUACAAAACUAUACUUUCUAUAUCUCAACAUAUAUGUAAAUUAUACAAUCUAUCAAUGGAAAUCUAUCCUGAUGUAUUACAAUUACGUCAUCAAUUAGAAACUAAUCUAUUAAUACGUAUACCAGCUAAUGAAUAUCUUGUUCUAUUACUUGAUUCAAUCGAUCAACUCGAACCAGAAGCAUAUGAUUGUCAAUGGUUAGUUGGAACAUUUCCACACAAUGUCAAAUGUAUUGUAUCAACUAUACCUGAUCAUGGUAAUAUUUUAGCACAUUUAAAAGGAAUUAUUAAUUAUAAUCAGUUAUCACCAAAUGAAACAGAACAUUUACUUGUUAGUGUUCCAUCAUUUGAAGUAUCAACAGUCGAAAUUGUCUAUAAUGAUUGGCUUGCAAUGAAAAAACGUUCAUUAAGUGAUGAACAACGUUUAUUUAUUCGUGAUUUAAUGAAAGAACGUGGCGAAAUUCUACCUCUAUAUAUGAAACUUAUGUUUGAUAUUAUUUUAACAUGGCAUUCAUAUGAUUCAAUCAAUGUCGAAUUAAAAAAAUAA